AUGUUGAGUGGUCUAGACGAUUUUGCAACCGCUGCCGGCCAGGCAUAUGCUGUGUUAGAGACGAUAAUAAACGAUCUACCAAAGUCAUCAACUUCUAAACAAUCAUUAAAGAAGGAUCUUGAAGCAGCGAAAUUGUACCUGAAAACUAAGUACUAUAGCGACUGUGGUGAACAAAGUCACUGCAUCACUCACUGUACUACGUAUGGUCUGAGUCAAAAAGGUUCCAAAGAUUACGCAUCAACAAAGGACCACAAACAUGAUCAAAAGUGUCAGGAUUGCACAAAAUUAGCUCAAUUAUUUGACGACAUCGCCGUCAGCAUUGAUUCUGUGAACGAUCGAGAGGCAAAAGGUGAAUUGUUGUACGACUUUAAAUGUUCGAGAGAUGCCAUAAUAGAGCAAAUGAGACACUUAAACCGAAGUGCCCAACAAAAUUUGACACAACGAAGAGAUAUCAAAAAUAUGGAUAAAAAAACUUCCUAUGCAGUAGUCGAUUGGAUGCAGAAGGAGCUUCUCUGUGAAUAUCGAGAUUUCACAGAAAAAUACUAUGGUAAACGUGGAAUGAGCGGUUUGGUCAAUAGUUUUACAGUGAAAGAAACAAACAAACAGGGAGCUUUACACAUGGCUGCAGGCUUCCACAGCAAUACCGGUGAUAAUAAGAAACUCAGUACGUAUCAUCAGGCAAAGUUACAACUCUACGAUCGCGUACAACAACAACAGUUACCGCAAACUACUACACAGUCGAUGUUGAGCAGAAAUUCCCCCACAAAAGCAGCUGAUUCACCAUCAUCUUCAACAACAUGUAUGAAAUCACCUGUACAUAUGCAAUACUUCAAAGAAAAGGAAACCGAGGCAGCUGCAGAUACAGAAAAGACUACAUCAAUUGCAAGAUGUCGGUCUCGUAAAAGAACAUUCAGAACUGCAUCAGAUGUUUUCAGUGGUGACGAGAAUGAGGGACAGCAAGAUAAUUUACCAAAAAAAGUUAGAUCCGUCGAAGCUCUGCGACCUCGACCAAGUCGUUACGUUACGUCGGUUUUUGAUAACGAAAUGGACACGCAGAAUGAAGAUGCGACCUCACCACCACCAUCCGUAGCUCAAGAUUCAGCAAUUGGCAUCUCGUUGAGAACCACAAGGCAAACAACAGCUGCUGGAACAAAUUAUCCUGUCACUACUAUAAGUAACAGUCAGAUGUUUGAGGAGGAGGAAGAUGAAACAGACGAAGAGGAUGAACGUGCAGUUCAACGAGCCAAUGAGAUUGUGAAAACAAGAAGGAAACUGUUAAGUGAACCACCAAAGAGUAAAAGAAACCAGAGUUGGAACCGGGCCGGCAGACCGGCCGGUCAGCGGCCGGCUCGGGCGGGUGCCGAUCUGGUGUAA